AGCUACUUUUCGGCUCGGUGCAGAAGGCGCAGAAAGAGAAAACCCCUCUCCUCGGCCAGAAAAAGCGAGCCAUGCAGCAGUCAGAGCGAGGAUGCCUGCCAUGCGGCAACUGCAUGGUGACGGUGCCCCAGGACAAGUACUUUGCGGUGGAGAAGUUCGGGAAGUUCUCCCACAUGCUGAAGCCUGGCCUGGCGACGGUGGGCUUCGACUGCUGCGGCGCCUGCAUCUCCUUCAGGUCCAUCACCUCACGCACGGAGCAGAACAUGGUGUCGGUGUCUACCAAGACCAAGGACAACGUCUUCGUCCACGUGAAGGUGGCGGUGCAGCAGUCCGUGAUGCCGGAGUUCACGGAGUUGGCGAUGUACAAGCUGGACAACGUGCAUGAGCAGAUUGAGUCCUAUGUCGCGGACGUGGUGCGCUCCUUCAUUCCGCAGAUGACCCUGGACGAGGCCUUCGAGAAGAAGGACGACAUCUCGGACGCGGUGCAGAAGAAGCUGGCGGCGGAGAUGGCGAACUACGGCUUCGCCAUCAACAAGGCGCUGGUGACCGAGGUCUCCCCCAACGCGGAGGUGGUGGCCUCCAUGAACGAGAUCAACAAGCAGAAGCGGCUCCGGGACGCCUCGCAGAUGGCUGCGGAGGCGGAGAAGAUCAAGGUGGUGAAGGCUGCGGAGGCGGCGGCGGACGCGGCGCAGCUCCAGGGCGAGGGCAUCGCGCGCCAGCGCCGGGCCAUCAUCGACGGCCUGAGGGACUCCAUCACCCACGGCUCUGGGGAGAGCUUAUCCACCGAGAAGAUCUCCGAGCUCCUGUUGAUCACCCAAUACUUCGAGACCCUCCGUGAUGUGGCGGCUCACAACCGCUCCAGCACCGUCUUCUUGCCCAGCGGCCCCGGGGCCGUGGGCGACGUCUCCAGCCAGAUCCGCAACGGCAUGCUCACCGGCGCCGCCCCGGGGCAGCACGCCAUGUGAGCGCUUCAGCGCGUCCCCCGAGGCGAACACCCCGAGCUGGUCGAAGCGGGCUUGGCCGUUCCGACGAAGUGAACGGUGCGCUGAAUCAUUUUUGGUUGCCCUAGGCUCAACCGAACGAAGCUUCGCAACCUUCUGUUCGCUAUUGCUUGGACCUUGGGACUUUAACUUCUUGGGAUAUGAUGGACUUUCCAUUGGAUCCACCAAAAGUUCAACAUCUUGCAGAGGGGUCAACAGCCACCAAGAGCGGAACGAAGCUUUGGACAGGUGAAUAUGUGAGCGCGAGGUCUCUUGACCGAUUCUGACCUCCUUUUUGCUUUUUUUGGGGGGCGGUCCAAGGCACCCUGGCGAAAGCCUGGCCUUGUCAGCCUGGGUCGGGGUUGGGGUUCUGGGAACUGCUCGAUGAGAGACGAGUUGAGUUUGUGGA